AUGGUCGGUCCAGCAUCACAAGUCAGCAAAAUAUUAUUAAGUCUGCUGAUUUUUAUCGUAUGUUUCUACAUGUACAUGGAUUUUAAUUUAUACAUAAGGAUUCACAACUAUCCUUUAGAAAACGAUAACGCUACAUCUAGCAGCUAUCAAGACGUCACUUGGGUUAGCUGCCAUAUCAAUCCUCUAUGCGAAGUAACUGUUAAAGCAGUCCUUUUAGAUCAUACUAACUAUUACCUGUUUGCUCCUCUAGUCCAAAUUAUCGAUGAUGUAAUGAAAAUAAGUCGAACAACAUGGAUAACUCCCAAUUCAAUUAGUUUUUUCCACAUUUUUGUUGCCAUCCUAAGCGCUAAGUGCGUUUCUAGCAAUAAUUUAGCUUAUCGGAGAGUGGGGGUGGUUCUAUUCGAAAUAAGAACUUGGUUAGACGAUCUCGAUGGGCAUGUAGCUAGGGUAAGAAAGAACAUUAAAGGGGAACACUCUGAAAUAGGCUCCGCCGGCUAUUACAUUGACGGUAUAUGCGACGCGAUUGGCUGUACGGCCUUUAUUAUUGGUAUAUUCAUAUUUUUAAAAAACAAUCCGCCCAGAAGAGGAUACAUUCAACUGCCUACAACCAUUGAUUGCAAAGAACCUAAUCUGGCGCAAAGUUUAAAGGUUACGACGAAGAAAGUAGUAAGGAAGGUGUGUUAUUUCUCGUUGCAGCUGAUAAUAAGUUCGACAGCUUGGAAUCGUUACAUAGCUGUUUAUCAAGACAUGUUAGAAAAUAAAAGUUUGCCUUUAGUCGAGACUCUGAAACAAGAGCAAGUUUUUAGAAGUUCGUUUUUCUUUUUGAUCGCGUGGUUGUGGCGUGUCAUAAACGUUCACAGCCUUAUGCAUUUGUUAUUGCUUUCGAUAUUUUGUGAUAAGUUAUGGGAAUUUCUGAAAAAUAUACAGUAUGUUGGUUAUGGUAUAUUAUUGUCUGUUAUAUGCGUUACUGAGAUAAAUAUUAUUGAUGUUAACAACUUUAUUUUCCGCAAAGGAUUUGUUACGAAUACGGUUUGA